AUGCCUAAGGAUAAAGGGGGCUUGGGGGUUCGGAGGUUGGUCUUGUUUAAUUUGGACUUGUUAGGGAAGUGGCUGUGGCGUUUUGUGGAGAAGAGGGAGCGACUUUGGAGGCGGGUGGUGGUUGCUAAGUUUGGUGUGGGUAGGGGGAGUGGUGCUCAGGACGGGUGGGUCAUUCUCAUGGUUGUGGGUUGUGGAAAAGGAUUUGGCUGGGUCGGGAGGCAUUCUGGCGGAGAAGAGUUGUCUUUAGAGUUUCGAUUCCCUCUGGUCUUUGCUAUUGCUACUAAUUCUAAGGUGUUGGUGGGUGUUGUGAGGGUUGAGCAGAGGCAGUUGAUGGUGUGGAAUGUGCAGUUGCGUCGUGAUGUUCAAGAUUGGGAGCUAGAUCAGUUGGUGGACCUCCUUAGCUUUUUAUAUGGUUUGCAUCUUGGAUGGACGGAUCAAGAUUCCUUGGUUUGGGAUUGUCCUAGAGCCAAAGGUAUUUUUAUUGUGUCUUCAUUCUAUGGGGCGCUUGUUCAGGAUAAGUAUGUUUUUGACGUCACCAUGGUUUAUCUGUGGAAAAGUGUUUGGGUGCCGGGCACGCCGUCCAAGGUUGCCUUCUUUGUGUGGACAGUGAGUUUAGGUCGUAUCUUGACCAUUGAUAAUUUGAUUUGUCGUGGGCAUAUUUUGGUGAAUUGGUGCUGCUUGUGCGGUCGGCCAGCGGAAUCGGUUGACCAUUUGCUUAUUCAUUGUUCGGUCUCUUCUCGUCUUUGGAUGCUUGUGGUUGCAAUUUUUGAGAUGGUUUGGGUUCAAUCGAGUUCUGUGUUCGCAAUUUUGAAAAGUUGGGUAGGGGGGAGGGUGGGGAGAAGGCGUCGAAAGGCUUGGAUUCUUGCUUUGCACUGUUUACUGUGGUUGAUUUGGCUAGAACGAAAUAGGCAGGUGUUUCACGGGGUGGCUCAUUCCAUCCCUUGGUUAGAGAGACGACUUCUUACUGUCUUGUAUAGUUGGGUGACAGGUUUAAUAGAUCCAGAUGUGUUGGCUUUUACAGAUUUUGUGAAGAAUUUGAUUUGUUAG